AUGGACAACCUGUACAGUUCUGCCCCUGAGUAUUUGGGCAACACUAUAUCAGAUAUCAACCAACAGGUUUUGAAUGGUAUGGGUGAUGAGUACAAUUACGACGCACUUUUCAACGUACCGUUAUCAUCUGAAGAUUAUAUCAACUCGUUCGACUUUGGAGAACUCCAGGACGUGGCUCCGAAUAAAGUCCAGGAAGACGCUCAGCUUCCCAUUGAUCCUAGACUUGUGUCGACCGCCGACACUCCCGCCACAUUCGAUCUAAACUUCAUGUCGAAUAUGCCCAACGACAUGGGAGCUCCAAAGCCUCAUCAGCUACAGGACCCAGUUCCCAUGCCAAAGACAUCUUUGGCGCAGCAGCCCCAACCAGUUCAUCAGCCUUUGGCACUACCCAGCGUGCCUGUAGUGAAGAACGCGGCCUCCAGUAGAGGUUCUCAAAGCGUGGAUCUCGCACCAAGUGAUCAAUUUCCACUCUUUAACACUCGUGGACAAAGAAACUCGCACAUUCCGCCCAAUUACAACGCCUACAAUUCCUAUCAACCUAGUUAUCGUUAUCCGGACAAUGGUAUCCAAGGGAUCUACGGCCCUCAGGCUAUGGCGCAGUAUCCCCUUCAAUCUCCAGUCGCAAUCAAAACUCAGUCUAUGCACAACAUAAUCCAAGCAGCUCACCAGGCUCGUCGGCCACCUCAACAAAGGAUUCAGCAAGAACCAUCCCAAGAACCAGAUGGACGGCCAAUUUGGUUGCAGACACCUCCUAAGCGAAAGCGAAAUGUUGCAUUUGACGACGAUGAAGACUCCGACCUGGAAGUUCCCCAGAGGAAGCCCGGUAGAAAGGGGCGAACCCUAAAGACUAAACGUGGAAGGGAUAAGGAUUUCGAGAUUGGAAUCAAGAUGUAUGGAAUGUUCCGCUUCCCGGAAUUGGACUGGGUCUCGCGCAGAAGAUUUAAAUUCCUGUACCUGCCCACAGGACAGUUGGAGAAGAAGAUUCUAUUCUCGGCCGAGGACUUGAAGGACUAUAUCUACAACUGUCCUCGGAAUCCAAGGCUAUGGAUCCAACAAAAUCCAGCGCAGUGCACAGAACGAACUAUCGAUGCUGACACCAUCUGUCGAUACGAGAACUGCCCUGAUGCAAACCACACGAUUCGACCUGGCUGGUGCCGCGUGGCGUUCGACGAGUUUUAUCAGCAUACUUCGUGUGGUCAGAAGGAUCCUUUCAAGAUGGCUGGUGUUAUGCACCUUUGGUGCUUCGAGCAGUGCAUCGACCCUGUAGAGGUGAUGGCAAAUGGGAAGAUGGUGCCAGAUGAUCGUGACGACGAGCAUCUCAUUAAGGAAAAGUCGAACAAAAUGGCCAUCACUCGUGAUUCUGACACAACAAUCGUUAAGCAUACUAUCAGGCCUUGGUUCAAAAUGCGUGCAGGUCAACCACUACAAGCUCCUUACUCGAACUACGAGGAGUCUCUCUCCUACGCGCUUGUCAAGCACCAUCUGGAUCAUCAAGUCGGUGCUCGUCAUAGGAGUCGCGGUGGUCGCAACAAGGAUAGGCCAGAAAGCGAGUUGAAGACCAUUGACGUUCACCUGGGCCGCCUCGACUUCUGGGCCGCUCGCGACACUGCUUCCAGGAAGAAGAGAUCGUCGAAGCAUUCUCGUGCUUCUGUGCCUGAGCCUGAGCAGUUGCAUAUUCCGGCGACCUCCAAUGGACUUCUUUCUACACAAAAGUCUGCGGAACUGACACCACAUGGCUCGACAAAGAACUUCAGCGAUGUGCUGUCGAGCAUUGCCGUUGCCAACAACUAUGAGUUUGAUUAUAACAAACUCGUGCCCGAGGCGAAGAAGGAGAAGCAGCCAUUGAAGCUCGAGGAUAGCUCAAAGUGGUCUCAGCCUGCCGCAGGGGCCCAAAGAAUAUCAAUCAGUGAUAUUCUAUCCCCCAGUGUCCUCCUAGAGCAGGAGGACGUUGCGCAACCGAGUUCCAAAGCAGAGGCUGGUCGCAAAGAUCAGCCCGUCUCGCCCCUACGACGAAGCCCACGCUUCUCGGCUGGGAACAUUCGUGACUCUAUUCAGGUCGAGACCAAGGCCACCACUUCCCCAGCAAAGACGCAAGCCUCUGGCUUAGUGUUGCCUGAGACCACUAGAAAAGAAUCCCUGGCUCUGCCAUCUACACCAGAAGCCCAGAGAGCUGCUUCGGGGAGCGACGCCAGUCUUUUCGGCUCGACUCCCGCCCGAUCAGCAAAGGACAAACCCUCUCAAGAGGGGUCUGGUGGCUCUGGCGAAGAAGCUCAGGCCUCACCUUUGAGGAGAAGCAGCCGAGUGAGCCUUAAGAAGAAGACUUGA